CGUGCUGCUGCAGCUGUCACUCGUGUCCCUGUUGUCCUGGUUUCAUCGACACGUGACUGUGACCCUACAGAAAAAUAGGUGACAAAGUGCAAAAAAAUUGUCAACACUCAUUUGCAAUGACAGAUAAAGUUCAGGAGCUCGUUUCAAAGUGUCUGCAGGCCCGGGACAUGGCCUACUGUCCAUACAGCCGCUUCCCCGUCGGUGCCGCCAUUCUAACAGCAGAUGGCGCUAUAAUCACAGGGUGUAAUGUAGAGAACGCCUCGUAUGGUCUGACCGUGUGUGCGGAGCGGACGGCCAUCCAGAGAGCUGUGGUGGAGGGACACAGACACUUCACAGCCAUCGCCGUGACAUGUGACAUCAAAGACAGUUUUGUUGGCCCAUGUGGUGCAUGUCGACAGGUUCUCAUGGAGUUUGGACCAAACUGGACUGUGUACUUGACCAAACCGGACGGUUCGUACAAAGAAACCAGCCUCAGUGAACUGUUGCCUCUAGCCUUUUCCCCGGUGCACCUUGCAAAGGACUAAUAAAGAUUCAACUGCA